CGAUAUGAAUUGAAUAUUAACUAUCUUAACGCAUGCGUGCUUAUGUUGUUUUUCAAGAAAGACAUUUCCUGUUGACAUUCGCUACAGAUUUCUUUCACUGACAUAGUUUUGAGUACCGUAAGAUAAUUUGAUUUUUUAUAAUGGCACUACCGACUACUCCUCGCUACUGGACAACAAGAAAGAAUAUUUAUGAACAAGCUAUUGUACGACACAGAGACCAUAAUGACCAGUUCAGGGAAAGAUGGGGUACAGCUGUUAACUAUUUUCAGAAAUCUGACAUGGAAGCUAAAAAGCAAUCAAACUGGGGCUCUGAACAAAGCAUGAGGUCAAGCAUGGACAAAUACAAAGCUAUACAGGACAAAGAUGAGAAGACAGAAAGGUUAAAGAAAAGGAGGUUAAAGUUAGGACAGAUGUUAAGAGAAGAAAGAAACAGUUGGGAGGCAGAACUGAAAGGUUUUUCCAGGGAUAAUUAUAGUCGACUAGAAGACAUGAAAGAAAGAACAGAUACUUUGAGAAGUGCUAGGGAAGAAAAACGAAAACAGUUGGCAGAAGAAAAAUUAUACGAAUAUUGGAAACUGAAUAAUCCAGACUUAAGAAAGAUUGAGUCAGAGCAGUUAAAAGAUCAUGUGGUUGGUAAAUGGAGUGGACAAGUAGAAGAAAAAGAACAGAAAUUAGAUCAAGAGAGAAGAGAAAAGGAAAAGUUUGAAAAACAAAUGGAAGAGGAGAGGUUACAGGCUUUAGCGUCAGAAAGACAGAAAGAAGAAGAAAAAUUGCGAGAAGAAAUAAGGAUAAAAGAUAUUGUACAAGAACAAAUGUAUGAAUUAAAGGAAAGGGAACAUGAGGCAAGGAUGUUAAAACGAGAACAGGAUCAGUUAUUGAAGGAACAAUGGGAGUUAGAAAACAUGGAGGAAGAAAGAAAGGAGAGAGAAGUUCAACGUAAACAAAGAGAAGUAGGAAAGAUGCUGCUUAGACAACACAAGACACAGAUGAUGGCAAAGUCCAGAAGAAUUUUAGAAGAACUGGAACAAGACAGACAGAUAUUAGAAGCUAUGGCGGAACAAGAACAGGAAGAUGAAAAAGUACAGACAGCAAGGAAAGAAACAGCCAGAGCAGAUGCAGCUUGGAUGAAACAGGUUAUUGAAGACCAGAUAAAGUUAGAAAAGGCAAGAGAAGCAGAACUUGAUAUGCUUUAUCAAGAAGAAGCAGCUAGAAUGUGGCACAAGAGAGAAGCUGAAUGGGAGAAAGAACGAGCAGCUCGGGCAAGACUGAUGCACGAAGUGAUGGAUGACAGACAAAGGCAACUUGAAGAUAGAAUGGAGCAAAACCGAAUAGAUCAGGAAGAGUCUUUAAAACAGAGAGAGCUGUUAAUUCGUGAGAUGGAGAUAGCACAACAGAUGACACACAGAGAGAAAGAGGAGACAGAAGCACAAAAAGAAGCACUUAAAUUAAAUUUGAAAGAACAGGUGACAGCACGUCGUGAACAAGAUGAGAGAGCAAAACAGAGGGACGCUUUAGAGUUUAAUGAAGAUCAAAAAGGAGAUGAAGAAUAUGAUGAUUUCUUACGACAAGAAACAGAAAGAAUGAGGCUAAAAGGAUUUACACCUAGACAACAUGGAAGAAAACAGGCAUGGUCAUGAUAGAUGUAAAAAGCAAGACUCAUUACCAUUUAUUAAAUUAUUGUGUAUAAAAACAAAAGAAAAUGUCACUUCAUUAUGGUUGGGCUCAUUGAUUCCACAGAUCUCAACAAUUCAGAAGAAAUGGCGGAUGACCAUAAUUAUUGUUAUCAUGUUAUUUAUUAUAUGAAACAUUUGUGAAUCAUUAGAUCAAUCAAAACAAUAACUAUGAAAAGAGUAUUUUUUAGAUGUCUCUGCUCAUACAAUUUUUAGUUCCUCAAUUUUAUGCACCAUACACUGGUUUGCACUAUAUAUACCAAUACAAAAAUUAAAACUUGUAUGUAUUUUUUAAACAGUAAGUUUUAGGGCUGUUCCAAAAUAAAUUCAGUAAUUUUAUUGGUUAUAUGAGAUCUGUUUGAUUUCAUGUCAUAGAUUAAAAGAAAUAUGGAAAUCUUAGUUUUUACCUGUAUUAAAGGAUUUUUUGUGGACAGAAUAAGUCAAUUAUGAAUGGGAUUUUCCCAAGUCAAUAAUACAUCAUCAAUGUUAUCAAAUCAAAACUGACUGCCUAAAGUCAAAUAAAAAUUUCACAAUUUUGUAAUUAUUGAUGUUUGAAAAAAAAAAUCACUUUUUUUUUUUUUUUUUUUUUUUAUAGUAUACCCCUUUAAACCAAAUUUGGUAUACAUGAUCUGAGGUAUGCAUGUAUGUACUGCCAGCUUAGUAAUAUAACUUUUUUUUGUUGAAAAAAUAGUACAUAAUGCUGUAUAUGUAGUAAUGUUGAGUUGUGAUAUAUAUUUUUUUCUUUUUUAUAUUUUAUUAAAGACUUUAUUUACACUUCACAAGAUGAGUCUUGUCACCUCUUGUGAUAAAUUUUAGAAUAAAAUGUCAUUGAAAUAACUUUAAA